AGUUGUACAAAAAAAUUUGGUAUUUGUUGUUGGUUUAACACAGAGACUAGCAGAUUCAGAGCUGCUCAAAAGAACAGAGUAUUUUGGAAAAUUUGGAAAAAUUCACAAGAUUGUAAUCAACAAUAGCACAAAUUAUGCUGGUCCCCAGGGGCCCAGUGCGAGUGCAUAUAUAACAUUCAAUAAAGAGGAGGAUGCUCAUAAAGCGAUACUUGCUGUUAGUAAUGCUUACCUGGACGGACGAACUUUAAAGGCUUCACUUGGAACAACAAAAUAUUGCAGUUAUUUUCUUCGGAAUAUUUCCUGUCCAAAACCAGACUGUAUGUAUCUUCAUGACCUUGGUGAUGAGGCGGCAAGUUUUACAAAAGAAGAAAUGCAGGAUGGUAAACACCAAGAAUACGAACAAGAACUGUUAUCAAAUUAUGCACAAAAAAUGGGUAUGAAUACAGAUAAGGAUUCUAGUGAAUUUUGGUCAGAGCAAACAGGGUCAUCGCUACCAUCAGAAUCUGGAUGGGAUUCAAAAGAAGGCGAAUCAGAAACAGAAUAUUCCAGAUCUCCUCACUUGCGAGAACCCUCAUCUGGAUUAGAUCUCUACAAUCAAAAAGAUAACGACGACUACUGGGAAGAAGAAGACUGGGGAGAGCCUGAAGCAUCGACAGUACCACCACAGAUWACCAAAACAGAACACCAGACARUGAUUGACAAUACACAGAAAACAACUAAUAUACCACAGACACACAAUAAACCACACAACGUGGGACAGACAGACACAUAUGAAAAUACCACACACCAAGGUUGGUUAGACGAUGUCGCUCCACAAGUACCUCCAACAAAUACACUAUUAGAUUAUCAACCUAACCCUGGAUUGUUUGAGCCUGGCCCAGCAGACAGUUUCUGUAGUCUGGGGUUAUCAAAUCUUCAUUUGAAAGUUUCAUCUGAUGAUGAUUUAGGUUUUGAUCCUUGGAAUGAAUCAAGCAAAGGACUAGCAGAUUUACUACGAGAAGAGGUCACACAGACACCUAGUACUCAUUCCCAACCGAGUGUUUAUUCCACGAUACCAACAAGRCCKUCAUUUGUACCACAAUUAACUCAACACUUCCCUACCAACCAAAAAGACGAUUUUAAAAGCUGGCAAGAGGGAUUUCGAGCUUUAUUACCGAAUAUAAACAUCAAUUUUGCUGGCUGGCCUACUACACCGGAAGGACAGCAUCAAACACCGACAGAAUGGAGUCCCGCUUCACAAACAACAAUACCAACUGUCAAUCAUAAUCAAGCAGUUCGACCUCCACCUGGGUUUGAGGCAAGAAAACCAGAACCACAGCUACCGCCCAUUGAUGAUCCUAGUAUCGUGUGGUCAAAAGCUAUAGGCUCCAAAGACUCGAUGCCAAUUAUUCCUGGUAUUAUUCCUAAUGGUUUUUCUAACCUCUCGUCCAAUACAACAGACCUGCCUGGUGCAGUGGUAGUCCAGUCCUCGGGGAUGCUAAAUGAUAAUAUGAAUCCAUCAGUAAAACAGUUCCUGGCGCUAUUCGAUACAAGCAACGACAACAAAGUUAACAGCGACAACAGCGACAACAGCAACCCUGACAACUCACAGAGAAAGCCACAAUCGAUACAAUCUCAAUGGAAUUCUCAAGCGUUUAACAAAAAGCAAAACCUUUCCGAUCGCAGAACUGCGUCACAUUUCCAAUCAAAAGAAAACGGAAAGAUUUUAACCAAAGAUAAACAUGUAUUGAAAGCGAGGGAGAAUCUCAAACAACCAGAGUCUAAUAAGCGAAAGGUGACCGGGCGGCUCGCUUGAAUUCAAUAAGCUUGAUGUCAAUCAGUUCUAUAAAAGAUGGUAAUAAAUUGUUGGAAUAAAAGCUGGUAAAUAAUA